UUGAUUAUGAAAUGCGCUUUCACAUGGGCCACUUCCUGUGUAGGGAAAAAUCUACCAAAGGAAGUUGAAGGUCUUGUAAUGGUCUUCUUCCUUUUUCGUUCUCAUCUACUUCAAUCUCUAUGAACCACUUUUUUUUUUUGCUCCAUUUACUACUAAAAUCCAACCAUGACCUCCACUGAGGACGGCUCAUACGUCUCAUCUUCAACAAUGGAGCUGAAGCAGCCAGCAUCCACAUGUCUGCACAGCCUCCUUCAAUCCGUCCUUUUCUUCUUCGUCUUCCUUCUGUCCUUCUCUAUCUUAUCAUGCUACCUUUCAACCUCUCAAACGCUGAAUACUGCUACAACACGAGCAACUUCACGGCCGCCAGCACCUACACCAAGAGCCGCGAGCUUGUCCUCUCUUCUCUCCCUAGCGAUGUGGCUUCAAACGGCGGGUUCUACUCUGGGAAGGUAGGGAACAGCUCGGACGUUGUUUAUGUGCUCAGUUUCUGCAGAGGCGACUCUUCGAACGACUCUUGCUUCAAGUGCUUAAGCUCUGCUGCUGAAGAUUUGAUGAUCAAGUGUCCAAACCAAAAAGCUGCGGUCACCUGGGGGACAGGAGAGCCUCCUUGCAUCAUCCGUUACGCUGAUGGUCCGAUGUAUGGCAAGAAGCUGAUAUUUCCGACACUAAAGUUACCUAACGUAGACAACAUCACGAUGGAUCAGAAUCAGUUCGAUCCAAUAUGGAGGAACUUUACGGAUGAGCUGGCAACAAGCGCUUCGAUGGGGACGUCAGAGCUCAAGUUCGCAGCAGGGAGAACGGUGUUGCCGAACUUCCAGACCAUGUUCGCGCUGUCGCAGUGCAGCCCUGAUUUGUCUCAGAUUGAUUGCCAGAGUUGCCUGUGGGAAUGCAUAAAUGAUUAUCAAGAUUGUUGCCAUGGAAGACGAGGCGGGUUUGUUGGCAAGCCGAGCUGCAUUUUCCGAUGGGACUUGUACCCGUUUUUCGAGUCUGAUUCCAUCAAUCUGCUGCCAUCUCCGCCACCACCAACUGCAGUCACCAAGGCCGACCCUGCUGCUCCUCCACCUGCAAAUGCACAAGUCACCAAUGGUAAUAUCUUGAAGUCAUUACGCAUUGUGGUUGCUGUGGUAGGUUCGGCAAAUCUCUUCGUGCUGGUUAUUGUCUCCGUGUGUUGCUUGAUUAGAAGGAGAAGAAGUAAUCCAUGGAUGGUUUCAUCUGCAAAAGACGAGGUCAAAACUGCUGAAAGCUUACAGUUCAAAAUAAGCGAGAUCAGGACCGCCACAAAUUCCUUUGCAGAAGGCAAUAAGCUUGGAGAAGGGGGAUUCGGGAAAGUGUAUCGGGGUAGGCUUCCCAACGGGCAAGAAAUAGCUGUGAAGAGGCUAUCCCAAAGCUCAGGGCAAGGCAUCCAAGAAUUUAAGAAUGAGAUUGUGUUGGUGGCGAAGCUUCAGCACCGGAAUCUAGUGAGAUUGCUCGGAUUUUGCUUGGAAGGAGAGGAAAAGCUACUCAUAUAUGAGUGUGUGCCCAACAAAAGUCUCGACUACUUCGUGUUUGACCCCGACAAAAGCAAACAAUUAAAUUGGCCAAGACGUUACAACAUAAUAUCAGGCAUCGCUCGAGGGAUGCUCUAUCUUCAUGAAGAUUCUCAGCUUCGAAUCAUUCACCGUGAUUUAAAAGCUAGCAACGUCUUGUUGGACAAUGAUAUGAAUCCAAAGAUCUCAGAUUUUGGCAUGGCGAGGAUUUUUGGAGUCGAUCAAACUAAGGCAAACACUAGAAGAAUCGUAGGAACCUAUGGGUACAUGUCCCCGGAAUAUGCGAUGCAUGGGCAAUUCUCUCAAAAGUCCGAUGUUUACAGUUUCGGCGUCCUCCUCCUCGAGAUCAUUUGCGGCAAGAGGAAUGACUACUACUACCGAUCCGAUGGAGGUGAAACUCUCGAAAGCUAUGUCCUGCGCGCGCAGGACAGCUUGGAGGAAGAAGACAAGCCAGGGGGAGCAGGCCGGGCCGAAGAGAGAGGGAGGCUGGGCCGGGCUGCGCGAGAAGGAGAGGAAGAGAGGAGGGGCGGGUUGGGCCAAGUGUAUGGCUUACCUCUAGAAUGGUGUUCGGAGGAGAUGAUUGCAAAGGCUGUGCGACAUGUAGGUCGUGUUAUCCAGGUUAAGUUGGACCACAAAGAUGGGACGACUCUUAGAACAGGUCGUGCUCGAGUUGAGCUAAACCUCAAGGAUCCCUUAAAAAUUGGCCAACUAGACAUUACGCUACGUCGCCCAACUAUUCCUUUCACCGAGGCAAAGAUGGAAGGUAAAGAGAAACUGCUUUUGGCCAUUGGUUGUGAGUUGAGGUAA